AUGGCAACCUCAGUAAAUAUUAUCUGCAAAAGGACUGUGGUGAGCACAAAGGCAAUUGAACCAGGAAAGUACUUAACUUUAUCAGUUUUGGAUCGUUUCAUGGAGAAAAACCAUAUUAGAAUGGUAUACUAUUACCAAACAUCAGAAGAAUCGGAGCUUGGAAAAUUGACCAAGAAGUUGAGAGAGUCUUUGUCAGAAAUGCUUACUCAUUUCCCUAUAGUGACAGGAAGGUUGAUAAGAGAUGAUAUGGGACAUUGGAAGAUCAAAUGCAAUGAUGCCGGUGUUAGAAUGGUUGAGGCAAAAGCUAAAGGUGGCGUGGAAGAGUGGCUAAGAAAUGUGGAUAGAGAAAAGGAACUUAAACUUGUUUAUUGGGAAGAUAUGCAUCAAAAGCCUUACUAUUGGUCCACUUUUUAUGUUCAGCUAACUGAAUUUGAAGAAGGUGGAUUAGCAAUUGGCCUAAGCUGCACCCAUCUCUUGGCAGAUUCCAUUUGUGCAACAAAUUUCAUGAAGGCUUGGGCUGACAUUUCAUUAGGCAACAAAACGAUUUCACCUCCAAUAUUCCACCCUUUACCUUCUCAAAAACCACAAAACAAGAAGCCCAAUGAUAGCCCAUAUAUGGGCUUAAUAUCUCACUAUAAAUCCUCAAUUGAGAAGCCCAUUUCUAUCAAGGAAUCAAAGUACACCACCAUUUCCAUGGGCUUCUCCCACCACAUGGUCCAGGCUUGCAUGUCUUUGGCCCAAACCAAUGGUUCAUCAAGCCCAAGCCCAAACUCAACACCAUUUGAAGCCUUAGCCGGGUUGUUUUGGGUUGCUUUAAGCAAAAUCAAAGGUAUACAAAAUGGUCUUGUUGACAUGUCCAUAUGUUUGAAUGUAAGAAAAAUCAUGGGCUUAGAUCAAGGAUUCUUUGGAAACUCCAUGCUAUACAACAAGGUGCAUUUAGACAAAAAUAUCAAUUUAGAUUUAUCUGAGAAUAAAUUUCCACAAGCUACUAAGGCCAUAAGAGAUGUUGUGGCUAAACUUAACAAUGAGGAAAUAAUGGAUUUAAUUGAGUGGUUUGAAAAUAUUGAUAUAAAUUCAUCUACAAUGAUGAAAAGUCAUGAUUUGGUUUUUACUAGCUUAGAGGAUGUUGACCCAUAUUUAGCUAUAUUUCAAGACAUGUUGAAACCAAUUCAUGUCUCUUCUUACAUAGAGCCAGUUUUUGGAGAAGGACAUGUUUUGAUUCUUCCAACACCACUUGAUGAGGGUCCCUUAGGAAGGGUAGUAAUGGUGACACUUGAAGAAGAAGAGGCAAUUAAGCUUUGUGAAGAUGAAUUUAUUUCACAAUUCUCUCCUAAUAUCUUGAUGAAAUGUGUCAAUAAAUAUUAA